AGAGAUUAGAACAGAGAAGAAGAAGAAGAGCAAGCGACUACUGAUAUUCAGAAAAAAGAAGCAGAAGCAGCAUCAGCUGCAUUGCGAAGACCCGGAGCUUUCAAAUGGGUCUGAUGCCCACGACCAGACACCAUAAAAGCGGAGGUGGUGGAGUCUCUACCAGAUGGGUUUCUCUGUUAUGCAUUUCGAGUUUCAUCUUGGGAGUGUUGGUCGUAGACAGGUUAUGGGGUACUCCUGAUACAAUUAAACCAGAUAACGAAGGUUCAUCUGUGGAAAAGCGUCAAGAGCAUGACCCUGGACUGGUAGUUAAUUGUGAAAAAAAGGACUCUUCUCUUCAUGCAGGAGACAUCCUCGCUCAAGUUUCCCAGACACAUGAUGUAAUCAUGAAUUUAGAUAAGACGAUCUCCUCCCUGGAGAUGCAGCUAGCUGCAGCUAGAGCUGCCAAAACAGGCGAUGAGGAAGGAUCUCCAAUGGUUAUAAAACCAGGAGUUGAGCAACUGGAGCGCCAAAAGGUGUUUUACGUUAUGGGAAUCAUUACUGCAUUCAGCAGCAGAAAGCGCCGUGAUUCAAUCAGAGAAACUUGGAUGCCCCAAGGAGAUGAACUAAGAAGGUUGGAGAAAGAGAAGGGAAUUGUUAUCCGGUUUGUUAUUGGCCACAGUGCAACCCCGGGUGGGGUUUUGGAUCGUGCUAUUGAUGCAGAAGAUGAGCAACAUCAGGAUUUUUUGAGACUGAACCACGUGGAGGGGUACCAUGAAUUGUCUUCAAAAACUCAAAUAUACUUUUCAACAGCCGUUGCGAAAUGGGAUGCUGAUUUUUACAUUAAGGUUGAUGAUGAUGUGCACGUCAAUCCUGGUAUGAUUGCUUCAACUUUGGCACAUCAUAGGUCGAAACCACGUGUUUACAUUGGUUGUAUGAAGUCUGGCCCUGUUCUGGCGCAAAAGGGGGUCAAGUACCAUGAACCAGAAUACUGGAAAUUUGGUGAGGAGGGAAAUAAAUAUUUUAGACACGCAACAGGACAAUUGUAUGCAAUCUCCAAAGAUUUGGCCACCUAUAUUUCAGUUAAUCGGCACGCUCUUCACAAGUAUGCAAAUGAAGAUGUUUCUCUGGGUUCUUGGUUCAUUGGUCUAGAUGUUGAGCAUGUUGAUGAUCGGAGUCUAUGCUGUGGAACUCCCCCAGAUUGUGAGUGGAAGGCACAAGCAGGCAACCCUUGUGCUGCAUCAUUUGAUUGGAGCUGCAGUGGCAUUUGCAAAUCUGUGGAAAGGAUGGAGGAGGUACAUCAACGCUGCGGUGAAGGUGAUGGAGCAAUCUGGCAUGCAAACUUCUGAAAGUUGAUCACUCCAUUUGCAUCCCUUGUAAAAUACUUGUAGAUGUAUUUGUGACCAAAGUCUGCUUUCAAAUGUGCCAUCUACCCGAUUUUGCA